AAGGUACUGAAUUUCGGCAGUUGAAUAUUUGCAUAUAAUAAGUACUAUUUAUAGACUACACUGAAAAUGAUCAGCAUGGCAUGUAACAGAUGUUUUUGGAGGACUGCCAGCUUAUAUAAAAGACCAAUCGUAAGAUUAAAAACUGGUAAGGACAGAGGAAUUCAUGUAUCGUCUGUAAGAAAUACAAUCAUGCCAGCGUGGGUGAUCGACAAAUAUGGGAAGAAUGAUGUUCUGCGCUUCAAUGAUAAUAUGCCCAUCCCUUCCAUCAAGUACCCCAAUGAAGUCAUCAUUCAAGUCCAUGCCGCAAGUGUAAACCCCAUUGAUGUCAAUAUGCGAAAUGGUUAUGGAGCUGCCAGCCUGAACAUCAGUCGUGAUCCUCUACACUUGAACACACCGGGCAGUGAAUUCCCUAUAACUCUGGGUAGAGAUCUUUCAGGAGUUGUAAUGGAGUGUGGAAUUGCAGUGAAAUACUUUCAACCUGGAGAUGAGGUUUGGGCAGCAGUCCCACCAUGGAGGCAGGGUACUUUUGCAGAAUUCGUUGUUGCAAGUGCUAACGAGGUAUCCUUUAAGCCAAAGUCACUUAGUCAUACAGAAGCUGCUUCCUUACCUUAUGCUGCCCUCACAGCAUGGGCUGCCCUUGUUAACAGCUGCGGUUUGAAAAAGGAAACCUGUCCAGGAAAACGUGUUUUAAUCAUUGGAGCAUCUGGAGGGGUUGGCACAGCGGCCACUCAGUUGUUAAAAGCAUGGGGGGCACAUGUCACUGCUGUUUGCUCUGGAGGAGCUCAAACACUGAUGAAGGACCUGGGAGCUGAUGAUAUUAUUGAUUACACUGCGGCAAGUCUAAAAGACCAGCUGAAGACAAGAGACUUGUUUGAUGCUGUGCUUGACAAUGUAGGUGGAACAAGUGAAAAAUUGACUAUUCCGUACCUUAAGACAUGGUCGGGAGCUUCAUACUGCACUCUGGUUACUCCUUUUCUGUAUAACAAUGACCGGCUUGGUAUAGCAGAUGGAAUGAUGCGCACAGGCAUUACUCUGGGAUCAAACGUGAUAAAGCACCUCUACAAAGGGAUCCACUACCGUUGGGGAUUCUUUGCCCCCAGCGGGCCAGCCCUAGAUGAAUUUGGUGCAAUUGUGGAGGCUGGUAAGAUGCAGCCUGUUGUUGAAAAGGUGUUUCCAUUUUCUGAUAUCCCUCAAGCCUUUGAAAAGGUAGAAGCAGGACAUGCACGGGGAAAAACAGUAAUUCAGGUCAUUGACCAAAAACAAUAAAUGUUUGUCCAUUCUACAGACUGAUCUACUUUUUGUGUGUUU